UCAAGCAUUCAGUGUUUACUGGCUCCAGCAAAGCCAGAAACCAUGGUUGCUCUGAGUCUCAAUACAUGGAAACUAUUACCCUCCACAACCCCAUUUCUCAACACCUGUAGCUCUGCCUCCUCCUCAAGAUUUUGCAUGGUGAGGAUGGAUGCGCAGAAGAAGCAAAAACCUUCUUCAUCCUCCAAAACCCGCAAAUAUGGAACCUCUAGAAGGUCAAUUCUGAAGAAAACCUUCAAACAAGAGCAAGUUACCUUCACCACUCCCAUCUCCGACGACCCACUUGUUGCCAUCAUCGGCGGUGGCAUCUCCGGUCUCAUCUGCGCCUUGUUCUUAGAGAAACGCGGUGUUCGCUCCACUGUAUUCGACACUGGUGUUCAUGGUCUUGGAGGAAGAAUGGGAACCAGGGUUGUUGAUUCUCAAUCUCAUCCAUUGAUAUUUGACCAUGCUGCUCAAUUCUUCACUGUGAAUGAUUCUCGUUUCAUGGAACUGGUUAAUGCUUGGAUGGACAAGGGUUUGGUGCGAGAGUGGGAGGGUACAGUAGGGGAGCUUCAGAAAGGUGGUCAGUUUCUUCCAUUUCUACCCUCCCCUCCAAGAUAUAUAGCCACAAAUGGAAUGCGGUUCGUUGCUGAUUCAUUGCUGUCUGAGUCUCGCAUGGUUAAUGUGGUGAGACCGUGCUGGAUCAGUAAACUGGAGCCAUUCAAUGGCAUGUGGCACUUGAGUGAAAAUGGGAAACCCUGUGGGAAGUUCGAUGCGAUUGUUAUUGCACACAAUGGAAAAUGUGCAAAUCGCUUGCUCAUGACAUCAGGAUUGCCAUUGAUUGCAAAACAAAUGAAGAGUUUGGAGUUGAAUUCGAUAUGGGCCCUUCUAGCAGCAUUCGAGGACCCUCUUCCUUUUCCAGGCAGCACAGAAGUCCCUUUUGAAGGAGCUUUUGUGAGAGGAAUUGAUUCAGUGUCAUGGAUGGCCAAUAAUACAAAGAAACUACAGGUUUCCCAGAGUGGAGGUCCUCACUGUUGGACCUUUCUGAGCACUGCUGCUUAUGGAAAACAAAACAAGGUUCCACAGGAAAACAUUCCUGCUGCUACAACAGCACGGGUAAAAGCAGGCAUGCUAGAGGGUGUUGAGGCUGCCCUUGGAUUAUCAAAAGGGUCACUUCCAGAACCUUUUUAUACCAAGCUUCAACUAUGGGGUGCAGCUCUGCCAACCAAUACACCUGGAAUUCCUUGUAUCUUUGAUCCCUUUGGAAGGGCUGGGAUAUGUGGCGAUUGGCUGCUUGGUUCUAAUAUAGAAGCAGCAGUCUUAAGUGGAGUUGCUCUAGCAAACCAUAUUGCGGACUAUUGCCAAAGCCCCGCCGGAUCUGACGCUGGAGAGUUUGCUAUUGGUUUAAAUCAUGAGUUUCAACCACUGGAAGGCCAUGAUAUCGGGCAAUUCCCAGGUUUGGUGUCAGAAGAAAAGACGAAGGAAUCCCAAGUAUACGAACUUGCUAAGUAGGCCACUGUGCUGAUGAAGCAGGUAUCUCCUCUGAUGCAUUCUGCAUUCAAAGCCUUAUCCCACUAGGCGAGGUCGGCUAUAUGGAUCACUGAAGUAAUGUCUCAGGGUAUCAACUGAAAGAUUUAAAUUGAAGUUCAAACUCCCACUGAGGGAAAAGGGGGCCUUAUCUACCUCAACAGCCACAUGAUAUGACAGGAGUUGUAAUUUACUUAGUCUCUUAUGAAGAAAGAGACAGUGGCAUUAUUGUUUUCCUGAGAACGAAUAAAAUUGAGUCUCCAAAUGAAAUUUUAAGAAAGGAAUUGAGUCC